GUUUCCAGAUCGCAGUGUGUUUCUCCUGCAGAGGAAGAGGAGGAAGAGAGAUACCCUGAGGGCGACUUCACUGAGGAGAUUACAGCCCUCACACCACUGACCAGGAACCGUGUGUGUGUGGAGACACCGAGACCCUCUUCAUCAAGCGCUCAGUUCAUGGAUAUUCCCCUCUGGACAGGUGGUGUGUGUAAGUCGACCGGUGUCGCUCGGGUGUACGGGAGGGUCCUGACCGAUCACCUGUGGCGAUUGGGACUGCCUCUCUUCAGCACACAGGGUAACCAGGAGGCCAGCAAUCCGGCGGACAUGGCCCAGACGUACACCCCUCAGUACGGGCAUCCCCCGCAGAACGAGUUCAGCGCCACACACACUCUUCCCACGCAAGACUACGCGGGACAGAACCGCGUCCCGGAUCACGGCUUGACGCUCUACACGGCGGCACAGACUCACAGCGAUCUGGCCAACGCUGACAGCAACACGCCAGCCAUCAGCAGCGGGAACAACACAGCACCGACGGAAGACGUGACGCAAACGGAAGUUUCCCAGCAGGUUCAACAUUCGGACUCCACGGAAAAACAGCAGCCCAAGCGGUUACACGUCUCCAACAUCCCCUUCCGCUUCCGGGACCCAGACUUACGGCAAAUGUUUGGGCAAUUUGGGAAGAUCUUAGACGUGGAGAUUAUCUUUAAUGAAAGAGGAUCAAAGGGCUUUGGCUUUGUAACUUUUGAAACGAGCGCAGAAGCAGAUCGCGCGCGGGAGAAACUAAACGGUACAAUCGUAGAAGGACGUAAAAUCGAGGUGAACAACGCCACGGCGAGAGUGAUGACGAAUAAGAAAGUAGUAAACCCGUACACAAACAGCUGGAAACUCAACCCGGUCGUCGGAGCCGUUUACGGGCCGGAGCUCUACGCAGUGGCGGGUUUCCCGUAUCCCGCGGCAGGAGCGACGGUGGCGUACAGAGGGGCUCAUCUGAGGGGCAGAGGUCGUGCCGUUUACAACACCUUCCGUUCGGCUCCUCCUCCUCAGCCCAUCCCGGCAUACGGAGCGGUGGUGUAUCAGGACGGGUUCUACGGCGCCGAGAUCUACGGCGGAUACGCUGCGUACAGAUACACUCAGCCUGCGACGGCCACAGCGUACAGCGACAGUUAUGGGAGAGUCUAUGCAACCACUGACCCCUAUCACCACACCAUCGGCCCGGCGGCCACAUACAGCGUGGGGACCAUGGCAAGCCUGUACAGAGGAGGCUACAGCCGCUUCACGCCCUACUAGAGACUAAAGCACUGAUCACACAAACUCACAUCUCAAAACCACUACACACACGGACUCCCAUUUACUAAAACGCUUCCGGGUCAGCCGAUGACCUCAUCCAAGACGGCCCGACUCUGUGGACCUCGUGGAAAUCAAUGGGGGAAAUCGGAAGAGCAGCUCAUAAAUGUGGAUUGACUUUUUCUUUCAGACGUGGCGUUUGUGUUUGGUGGUUUGAACGGGAAGCUGUUUUUAGAUUUAGUUUGGCUUGGGUCUGUGUUUCAUCAUUGAUUGGGUGUAUUGUGUGUGUAUAAGCUGCUAGUGUGAAUUCAGACUCAUGAGACAGAUAUAUCUCAGGACUCUCUUGAACACACACACCCAUCCCAGCAGACAUUCGGAUUCAGCGUCUCUAUCGCCAGCAUUACUCCAGUCUGAUGAAGCUUUAGUUUGAAGGGUUUCUAUGCGUGUUGUUCCUGAGAUGAGAGGAUUCGUCCCUCUCACGUUUGCACUAACAGACUUACCUCUGUACACAGCGGACAGGUUUAACUCACACUAACUAAUGCUGAACGGGUGUGUGUGUGAACAUGGGCGUUAAUAUGUUAAAGAUUAAACCGUCAUUUAAUAUAUAUGCAAAAAUUGCAUAAUGUAGUUUUAGAGGUUAAUAGAGAGAUAAUAUGUAGACAGAAAGGAUUUAAAGAAAAAAAACAUGGAUAAAUAUUUAAAGGAGAUUUAUCUAGACAUUUCGGAUAUACAGAGAAAUUGAAAAAUAAUAAUACAUAUUUAGACUUGUAUAAGGGGACAUUGGGGAGGUUUAUGGACAUAUUGUGAGGAAAAAAUAAUUAGAUUUGAGAAAUUAUGCAAGCAGACAUGGAGAGGUUUGAGUAGAUAAAUGAUGUAUGGGAACACAAGGGGAAAUAGUCAAAAUGAUGACAUUAAGUUGUAAUUAUGGCUUAAAAAGUGAUAUUAUGAGAUAAAAAGUUGAAAUUAUGACACAAAAAGUCAAAAUUA